AUGCUUAUGCUACGAACCUUGGCUCGCCCGCUCUCCAGCAAUCUUUGCCGGCUGGCGUCCACGGCUCACUUGGACUACUCGCGUUAUCCCACGUUGCAGGAGUCAGACAUAGAGGAAAAUCUAAUGCGUGGUAGUGGACCAGGUGGUCAAGCCGUAAAUAAGACCAACAACUGUGUAUUUCUGCGACAUUUGCCAACGGGAAUAACGGUCAAGUGUCAUCUGCAUCGACUGGCGUCAAAGAAUCGAAUUGAGGCUCGCAAAAUACUUCUCGACAAGCUGGAUGUUCACCUCAACGGAGAUCAUUCAAUUGCAGCACAGAUGAAGCAACUUGAUCAGAAAAAGUCCACAGAACGUAAGCGACGACAAGGCAAACUGCAGGAGAUGAAAAAGAACUGGCAAAGUCGGGAAAGAACCGAAGAUGAAGACGCCACAAUUAAGAACUGA